AUGGGAGGGCAGGGGAUGGGAUGGAACAGGAGAGAUGGAUCAAGAGACAGCCCGGGGGGCCGUCAAGCAAGACCCCUGCAGCAGAGCUGGCGGGUGCUGGCCCAGAGGAGCCAGAGCGUGGCCCCUGUGGGCAUCUGGGUGGAGAGUGGCCCGGGCCAGCCAGAGGAGAGCCUGGCCUUCGCUUCAGCAUUUCAGGUGGAGAAGGAGCUGAGGGAGCAGCAACGGGAGAAGGCGGCCAGCCUGAGACGCUUCCAGGGAGAGGUGAGGCAGCGGGUGAACCAGCAGGUCAGGAUGCGAAGGAAGCAGCAGCUGCAGAAGUCCUACGAAGCGGCGCAGAGGGAGAGCAGCGUGGCCGCGCAGUAUGCGGGCUCUGUGCUGCGUUUCACCUCCAGGAAGAGCACGUGCCUGUUUCGGAGCCCCCCCACGCCCGGAAUCUGCAGUCCCGGCGCUCCCGUCGUCCCGGCACUGCAGCCAGGGAUGGGAAAUGAGCCGUUCCAGCAGCAAGCUGCCGAGCUUAGCAAAACUCUGAAGCAAGUUCGGCGCAGGCUGGCAUCCUGUAAAACCGUGCUCCAAGGAGUCCCCGAACUCCCCGGUGGAAUCUGGAGGCGAGAGCUCUCGUGCCCUGCAGUAAUGCUUGAACGCGUGGUGUUGCUGCUCGCCAGGUCUCUACUGACUCUACAGAGCAAGCACCCUCGGAAACCAGAGUCUUGCAAGACAGCGGCGGUGCCCACAGGAGAUGAGAGUGAGGAAAUGCAUCUGGCAGGGCAUCAUGAUCUUCCAGCUGAACUGCAAGACCAGGGGACGGCCCUGCAGCAGGCUGAGCAAGAUGAUGACUUCUACAUCAAAAUUGAAUUUGAAAAAUUCUGUGAUGGAUCAGUGAAGGUCUCGAGCUUGCCCGAGCCGCCGCAGAGGCUGCAUGCUGAUGACCAAGCUCCCCUCAUCCUCUGGGCUGGUGUAGACCAUGAGGAAACCAAGAAGCAGCGUCAGAACGAGUACCUGAGAUACCGGCGCCUCUUCAUGAAUAUCGAGCGUGAGCAAGUGAGGGAGCAGCAGAGGCAGAAGGAGAGGCAGAAGAGAAUCACCCAGAUUAAGAGCAAGAAUGAGAACCAGCGCCGCGCGGAGGAGCAGAGGAUGCGGGAGGUGGCUGCCCAGCAAGGACCCUCCCCAGGAGAGGGAGCCUGUGAGAGCCUGGCCCAGCUGAAGUUGGUGGAGAGGAGAGAGAAGAUGAUUAAGGAAAAACAGCGAAAUAAGGAGCAUGUGAGGUACCUUGAAGCUUUGAGGGCCCAGAUGAGGGAGAAGAUCAAGCUCUAUAACAUUGACUUGCCCCCGCUAUGCUCCUGCGGGUCUGAUUUCUGGGACUCCCACCCGGAUACCUGUGCCAACAACUGUGUCUUCUACAAAAACCACAAAGCCUACAGCCACGCUCUGCAGUCCAUCAUCUCAUCCUGUGACCCUGCAGACACGAGCUCCUCUGCGAGGCCCCCGCUCCGAGACUUGGCUGCUCUCUGUGCUCGCUGGGGGAGGCCCCUGUGAUGACAGCAGCUGCCCGUCGUUCCCCUCCUGCAUUUUGGGAACUGUUGGAAGUAGAGGGCAGGGCUGCGCCUUUGCUCUCCUCCACCUUAAGCUCAGGUUUAAGCUGCCCCUCUCUGUGCCUGUGCUUGGCUGGACCAGGAGUUGGUCCUGUUACUCAGCGGGGCUGGUUUAUAGGCAGGCACUUGAAUGUUGGUGUUCAGCUCCAAAUAAACUGUUUUCAAGGGUUGUUUGUCUCAUUGGCAGAGUGAAAUAAGGAGAAAUGAGGCACUGGGGUCAGGAUCUCUCUGGGCUAGAAAGGGGGAGGAUUUCUAACCUCUUCCUUCCCACUCCCUUCUCUCCAUUGCCCUGUGGCUCCCACUAGCCCCUGCUGCUCUGGUCACAGUCCAGAGCCAGGUAUUUAUUGCUCCUUUCUUCUGGCUGAGGACUUCUCCUCUAGUAACAUCUCCCUUGCUCCCUACCUGACCCAUGUUCCCACAGCC